UCGCAAAUCAUAAUAUUGCCGAACGCGCGGUGGUACCGAGUACCGACUACUGAAUAGUACCGAUCCAAAAAUUGUUAUUUCCGACGUUUCAGCAAUAUUAGAUCACAACGCAUUUUCCGUCUCGGCGAUCGUUGGCGAUCGCUAACGACCACGACGCCGUAAUGAUGGGUCAAUUGUUUCUCGCGAGAUAAAAAGUAUACCCACCUGUAGCUAUUAUAUUAAUUUCAUCUACUUACGGUACGCGGCCUUGUUGCUGGUAAGACGCAUAUUGCGAAAAAUUCGCCCAAUAAAUAAAUAGGUAGCCACUGUUCCGACAUCGCUAUCCGUUGAUGAGUAGCCUUUGACGUGUUCCCGGUCUCGCAAUACAAAUCCACGACGUUGUUCGGUGUAAGUACCUACGAUCUCGUCAUGUGCGGUAUAUUUUGUUCGUUCGUUAAAGGGUCGGCGGCGUGUGGUGAGAUCAGCAAGUGUAGAUCGUCACUGCAGAAGAGAGGCCCGGACGUGGGUUCCACUCAUCAAGUGUACGUCAACGGCUACACUGCGUUGUUCUCGGGCAACAUACUGUGGACUCAAGGAGAACGUCCGACCAGUCAGCCAUAUGUUGAUCGAAAGGGAAAUAUAUUACUAUGGAAUGGCGACGCGUACAGUUGGAAUUUGACGUCCUAUUACCAGAUGAACGCUAGUAUUAAAGACAGUGAUACAAAAAUAAUAUCAGAUUUUCUGUGCGAGGGAGGCAGCAUGGAACUGCUUAUGACUUCUGUCCACGGCCCAUAUUCCAUUAUCUAUUAUGACUGUGAACAACAAGUUUUGUGGGUCGGUAGAGAUCCAAUAGGCCGCAUCAGCUUGUUAUGGAAUAUCAGUGCGAAUAAACUGAUUGUCACCUCAGUUGGACACAAAGACAUUGCAGAUCUAGAAGAAGUACCAGCCAUUGGAUUGUUCAGAUUUGAUUUGAAUGCGUGUAUACUCGAACCUCAAUUAUACCAGUGGUCACACACACGUUUUGAUUGUAAUUAUAACAUUCCAAAUGAAUUGCAAUACUUUAAACAGACCCGUGUUCAACAUGUUACAAAUCCUGAAGACUCUAUAUUACAACAAAAUGAUCAAUUAAACAUGUCUGAGUUAUUAUUGCACCAAGAAUUUUGUAAGAAUGUCAGUAAUCUGAUUCACUAUUUGUCUCAGUCAGUUGAAAAAAGAACAACAAUCAAUCCAAAGGCUUGUAAAAUGUGCGAGUUCAAAUGUGAUCAUGCAAAAAUUGCUAUUUUAUUUUCAGGAGGUAUAGAUUCAGCAUUACUAGCUCUAUUCGCUUCCAAAUAUGUAGAAUCUGAUGAACCAAUUGAUUUGUUAAAUGUUUCAUUUGAAAGACCAGCAAACUCUGGCAAUUUUGAAUGCCCAGAUAGACAAACAUGUUUAAAUACAUUAGAAGAGUUAAAAACUUUGUGUCCAACUAGACGAUGGAACUUAAUAAAAAUAGAUAUUUCAAGUGUUGAAUUGCAACAAAAACGUUUUGACACUAUACGCCAUCUCAUUUAUCCUUUAAAAACCGUCCUAGAUGAUAGCCUUGGUUGUUCCUUAUGGUUUGCCUCUCGAGGACUUGGCAAAUGUAAUGGAAAAUCUUAUAAAACCCCUGCCCGAGUGUUAUUGUCUGGAAUGGGUGCAGAUGAGCUAUUGGGCGGGUAUACAAGGUAUAGAAAAAUUCUGCAGCGACAUGGUUGGCAGUCACUGAAUGAAGAAUUAGAUAAAGAUUUUUCCAAAAUACCAUCACGUAAUCUAGGUCGAGAUAACCGUGUGUGUUGUGACCAUGGUCGUCAGUUACGUACACCAUAUUUAGAUGAAAAUUUUGUAGAAUUUAUUAGAGGACUUUCACCGUGGCAACGAUGCUGGCCAAAAGAACCUUACCCGAUCAACUUGGGUGAAAAGCUAUUGUUACGAUUAGCAGCGUUCAAAAUGGGACUUAUAAAUGCAGCCUGCUUACCAAAACGAGCUCUACAAUUUGGCUCAAGAAUAGCCAAUAAAAAAGAAAAUGGUAGUGAUUUAAGUGAUAGAUUAUAAAUUUAUAAAUAAUAAAUAUUAAUUUUAUUUUUUAAA